UCUGGUAAUUCGUAUUAAGUAAUCGUUAUUAUAAUCUGGUAGAAGAGUGUUUUAAAUUUAAGCUAGAAUAAAAGAAAGUUGCAAGGCUUUUUUUAUUUCCCAAUCCAUUUUAGAAGUUGAUGUAUCGCUGCAGUUUCUGCGUAUCUUGGACGAAUGUGCUUUUCUUAACGCAUCAUACUUUCCAAUAACCAAGUUGCGAUUGCUUUGUCAGAUUAUUGAAAUUAGAAACAAACUUUUGCUCUCGUAAAUUAUAAUUUAAAGAGCCGUAUCUUUAUUUCUUUAGAAAAUUGCAACGAAAAAAAGAAGAAUGUAACUUCAAGGAAUAUAAAAGGCAACAAAAAUAGUUUUUACAAUACUAUGAGCUCGAUUAUGCCAACCAUACAAUCAGAAAAAGUGAAAUGUCUAUUUGUUUUUGGUAUUACGUUGCACAACAGCCAAAAGUUUGAGGCAAAUGAAAAUAAAAUUGAGAAUCGUCACGUUAUAUGCGAUAAUAAAGAAAUUUGUUCAACACUCCAACCUCAAAUUGUCAAAUAUCGUUCCAAGUCAACAUUUUCACAAAGCAUACGGAGAUGUCUCCUUCAGCAAUAUCCCUCUGUGAUUUCUCUGAACGAUCAGUUUUCUAUUAUUUCAUCUUUAUCAAACCACCAUCGGUGGGACUGGCCUGCUAGUUCCUCACAAUUGAAGUAUGAACAACGGUUUUCCACAUCUAUGAAGUACUAUCCCGGGUCACCAAGAAACCGGAUCAUACAAGCAUGGUGUUACAGAAAUGACCCAGGAAAUAUAAUUGACGCGUGCCUGAACAAUUUGUUCGGUUCCAAAUGCGAAAUUCCGUAUUCAAAAAAGAGGUCUGGAGAACCUUAUCGGAAACGAUAUCCUGUUGCAGUAAGGUCAAAACAAGCGGCAACUAUAACACCAGCCAUUUAUCCAAACUUGGCAGAUGAUUACGGAACAAAUCUUUAUAAAUAUUUCUGUGGUGAAUUAUUCCGUCAUAACCGUCUUCACUGGAGAUUAAGAAACGAAAAUAAACAAGUUGUUGCUAUGGGUGGUUACAACAGCUACAGUGGAGACUUUAUGGUAACCUUUUCUUUCUCUUAACGUUCAAAUUAAUUUCAAUUUGUUUAAAUUUAGCUGUUUUCAACUCUCUAUGUAAUCGCUAUGUACAUUUUUUCAGCUUCUUGCAAUCAUUACAUAACAAUAUACGCCAGACAUAGACGGACGGUAACAACAGACACGGUUACGAGCUAUUAA